AUGGGAACUGAGAUGAGCCCUCGCCACUCCCCCAAUCAGCAGUACAGACUUACAGAGGUCAGACUUACAGAGGUCAUACUUACAGACUACAGAGGUCAGACUAACAGAGGUCAGACUAACAGGGGUCAGACUAACAGGGGUCAGACUAACAGGGGUCAGACUACAGAGGUCAGACUAACAGAGGUCAGACUAACAGGGGUCAGACUAACAGGGGUCAGACUAACAGAGGUCAGACUAACAGAGGUCAGACUAACAGGGGUCAGACUAACAGGGGUCAGACCAACAGAGGUCAGACUAACAGGGGUCAGACUAACAGGGGUCAGACUUACAGAGGUCAGACUAACAGAGGUCAGACUAACAGAGGUCAGACUUACAGAGGUCAAACUUACAGAGGUCAGACUUACAGGGGUCAGACUAACAGGGGUCAGACUUACAGAGGUCAAACUUACAGGGGUCAGACUAACAGAGGUCAGACUUCCAGAGGUCAGACUUACAGAGGUCAGACUUACAGGGGUCAGACUUAAACCAACUUACGACAGCUAUAUAUACAAGAAGGCUAUGACAGGAGCGCUGUCCCAAUACUCCUCACUUCUUCACUCUCCUCACAACAAGAGGAAAUCUUACUCUAGUACGAACAAGACUCACAAGUCUCCGAAAAGCGGCAGCAGUAAAACGAGUAAGAAGCCCCGAGACCUUAGUCCACAGAAAUGUAGUGCAGUUAAGAAGCUGGACCUUGCUACACCUGCUAGCAAACUGGACCUGAAGUCUCCAAGAUACUUUACCAGUCCAGAGAACGAGGAGAUAGAUUACACUAAACACAGGGAUAAACCUUACUGUUCCCCCAUUAAAGAGACCGCGUCAACCGUCCAACGUCAGGCUGCUAUUAAAGAGAUGAUAGAAGAACGCAGAGCCAACUCUCCUGACAAACCUUCUAAAAUGAAGGAGCGGGCUGGGUCUCCUAGUCCUAAAAUGAAGGAGCGGGCUGAACACGUGUCUUCUAAAGCAAAGGAGAAGGAGCGCACAAGGGAGAACGUAUGGGAAGCUAGGAGGAAUGAAGCACUGCUGGAUGCUAGUAAUAUUGAGAGGGGGAUUCUCAAGGAUAUACUGUUUAGCGAGACUACAAAGAAAGCUUGCGGAGGAGAUAGCUCAAUAACAAGAAGCGGUCCUGUCUACAAGGAGAUCCUCUCUCCCAGACCAGUCUCACCCCGACCUCAGCUCAAUGAUCUGACGCUCCCAGAUUCGGAGGUGGAAAACAACUCUCCCAGGGAUAUGAGGAAGGAGAAAAGAGAUAUGAGACAGGACAUGAGGGACAGGUGUGUAACUCCAGAGAAAAGGGACAUGUCUUCCUCUUACAAAGAGGACGACUUCAGGUCUCCAGUACACGGGGGAAGAGAAGACAAGAGCAUUAACACUUCCCCGGUCAGAUGGGACACCCCUCCUGCGCGGCGCGACCCCACCCCACGUGCAUCCCCUUCCAGACCGCGCUCUCCCAAGAAAUUAUCUCAGAAGAAGAGAAAUAGUGAGGAUACUCUAGAUACGAUCUCAGACUUGGAGAGCAGAUACUGUGAACCAGAUAUGGUUUUCAGACCAGGGAGUCCUAAGAAAGUGUCGUUUAGUGAGGACACGGCGGAUAGGAACCUAAAGAUUCACAGACUUGAACGAGACGUGCAGUCUAGGGAUCUAGAAUUAUUGGACAUGAAGCAGCUCUGCCACCAGUUCAAACAGAGACUGGGUGAAUCUGAGACACUCCGGAUAGCUCUGGAGAGUGAUAAACUGAGACUAUCCCUACAAAACAUUACCCAUUCUCCACGAACCCCGGCUUACAAUGUUGAACCCUUAGUUACACCCAUUAUAUCCUCUACUCCUGCACACGUGACGUCAUCACAACACCACGUGACGUCAACACAACACCACGCGACGUCAUCACAUCACGCAGACCACGCUGUACAAGAGCAGUCAGUUCCAACCCAACCUAAUGUAUCUGGGUAUCCUGACAGAAAGGUUCACAUGGGUGUUAACCUGACUAACGCUUGUAACGAUAUCUCCGAGGUUAACACGAUGAUCCACGCAAUGAAGCUGGAGAACGAUGCACUGAAAGCAGGACUAAAGGAAGCAAGCAUCACGACCCAGCAGCAAACCGCACUACUUGAGGAUAGACUGCAAAGUAUGGAGAAAGAGAAGGAUAGGAUAGCGGAGGAGAACAGGCGUUAUCAGCGACUAAUAGCACAGGAUGAUAAGGGGAGCAGAAUAGCGAUGUUGCAAAGAGAUUUACAAAACCAGAUGUCGGAGAAUGAAAAGCUCAAACACCAUUUACAAAGCCUAAGAGAGAAUUACACCAAGUUUUUUGGAGCCAGCAUCUGAGACGUGACGUCAUCAAAAUACGACGUGACGUCAUUAAAACACGUCAUCGUCAAGUCUUUUGAAGGAAUCAAUGAAACACGAUGUGGACAGAAAAUCACACAAUUCAUUAUUACUUACUAACAUUGUUAUUUACAGACAUCGGAAGUUGAAUUUGUAAUUUGAUAAUUAAUGUAUAUAAGGUAUUUGAAAAUUUAAUUUUACAAACGCUUUUGUUGCGAAUAAAAAUGAUUUAACAUUAAAUAAUAAUACAUCAGACUACCAAUUAGGCCUAAACAUAAAAUGCCGAUUGAAAUUAUAUCUGUAUAAAUUGAACAUUCUGUGGAUAGUACAUAAUUUUAAACAUGCGCUUCAGUAUUAGAC